AUGGGCCCCCUUGGCCGACCAUGUAAAAGACGAGAUCCCUUUCCCGCAGGACCAGGGGAGUCGACACGACAGCGGGCAUUUCCUCAGGCUUCCGCCGAGUCUCCUUGCUUCUUCCCUCAUCGUGAGAAACAUUCCAAGGACUUGUCAGCGUUGGAAAGAAUCUGGACGAAUAUUCGCCGCAUGGGAGGCAAAGGAAAUGUUGGCAUGUCUGGGAAUGAGGGAGAGGAGCACCGAGAUUUCACCAACUGGAACAACCUGGACUACGCGUCAAAUCUGCUUCUAAUACUUGCGACGUUGUGCUCGGACCGCCAGGAUGAAGCGACGAGUUUCGCCAUUCGUUUUCGCCGUCGCGAGUGUCAUCAAACUUUGCACAAGCACAACUUCCGACCCAUCAAUACUUUCGACCACCACAUUGUCCACAGCGGUACUGCCCAGUUCGACCUCAAAUUCUAG